AUGACCGAAGGAACCAGUGGAUGUGGAGUUUCCUGGGAAUCGCAGCUAUUGGAGCUCCUGAGCUCAAACAUCAGUUUGGAAUACAGCCUUCGAAGGGAUUUGCUCUUUGCCAGCAGUGGGAAGCACAUGCCAUUCCCGCUUCGCGAAGAUUUCUUGAACGCAAACACCAGAUAUUGGCCAAUCUGGUGCAGUUGGAACCAUUGGGUUUCUCUCACCGAGCUGCCACAACCCAACGGCAUCAGAGGCAUUUGGAAACGUGGGCAUGAACUUUUGUGCCUUCAGGGCCAUCGAGCACAUUGGCUGUCUGUGGAUGCUUCCAGUCGCCCUGCGAAAGUCGAAGAUGAGUGUGGCACAUCCGCCGCCUGCGCCUGGUGCACUCUGAGUGACGACACCACUUGCUUCACUUGGUUGGAGGGUGAUCAGCUACGUUGGGCAGAUGGGGAUUCAUGGACUCGAGUGUCCUUGGAAGAGCUUCAGGACAUCACUGCCUCUCUGAAUUCGCUGUCCAUUUGUAUGCUCUUGAGAUCUGUUGGCGAUGCAAGAAAUUUCCAGGCAUCCAUCAUCGAAAAUCAGCUUCAGCAACUUCGUGAGAAGGGAGGAUCUGAUUCCAAAAUAAUUCAAGAUGGAUAUGCAGAACUACUUCGUUUGGUGCCCAUCAAUGAAGAACUCUGGCGGACGUUUCAGCACGCUGUUGCCAAUCUGCCUCAACUUCUGCAGCAGAGGAGGCGGAGGUAUACUGUGGACUUUAUCCGCCAGCAUUUUCAUGUUCUCUACAUUGGCCAUAGCUUUUUGCACUUGAACUCACGGAUUUUAGCCGAUGAGGAUGAAGAGGCGACCGAUGCUUUGCAGUCGCAGCCUUGGGUCAAUCAGAAUUUGCGGAAGAACCCUCUUUGCAAUGAUGUUGGGGAAUUGCAUCGUGAUGAUUUGGCAGAGGAUCUCUUCACUCUGCCAGAGGAGCGACUUCCAGACACCUUGCCUUUGGAGCACUUUGAUGUCAUUUGGCUACGCAACUGCCCUGAGCCCUUGACAGCGCACGCGUUGCAGGUCUUCACAGCCAUAUUGAAAGCCGGUGGUCUUUUGAUUGCGAUGCCCGCCCACUUGAAUCCUUCGGUGCAGCUGCCCAAAGCAUUGAGCUUGGAAGCAGCAUGGGAGUUGGCGGGUGGAGUUUUUAUGGCCAACCACGGAGCGAUCUUCCUGGUGGCCUCGCAGCACCUGGUGUUCCGGGAAGAGGCUUUGAAGCGUUUCACCAGCUUUUGCGUUCGAAUCGCCGCUUCCGUGCGGCGGAGAUGCUUGAACUCUUGGGACCAUUUGCUCCUCUCCCAAAUGGUUUGUGAUGGCACCAACCUGGCAGAAGUGCCAGAGAGCUUGAGCUCGGCGUGCAAGGAGGCAUCCAGCUUCGCUUCCGCGCGCUUGCUGGACUUGAGGCCGUUUGGUGCAAAGGCGGCCUUAGAAGUGCUACCAUUGCCGCGAUGCCUUUUUGGCGUUUACCGGGACCUUCAGGUGAAGGUCUCGGCGAGUUGCAGGCCUUCCUCUAUGCCGGGCCCGGAGCUGCUCCGAAUCGAGGGUGAGCCCGCGAUCGAGAAUGCUGGCGCUCGCCGGCGUCAUGCCGAGGCCGUUCAUGAAGCUUGGCACUCCAGCAGAAUUGUGGCGGUGUGCGAUGGUGAGGCCUCGAUCUCGUGGGAAGUUCUUCGACGAUUCCCGAGUCAUAUCCGAGAAGCUGAGUCAGAUCCUCCUUUGACGUUCUGCAGCCAACGACUGCUGCGUGCCAGUUCUGUGGAGGUCUCUCUGCUUAGCUCCUUGGGCAUUGUUUUGGCCAUCGGAAAGGUGGAGGUCUCAGUGACAUGGACCUCGCGUUGGUGUCACCCGUUGGUGUCACCGGCGACCUGA